CAAUUUCUCGUUCAUAAUUUGUAAAAGGCCUGCAAGACAGGCAUCUAAAUAUGACUGUCAGUAAUACAAAGUAGCAGCUGUAUUGCGGCUUUAACGUUUCAAGCAAAAAUCAGCUCAGAAGCCCUAUUAUAACGGUGCUUUGCAGUGUAUGUAGAGCCAUCCCACGUGCUGUGGUACAGACGAAUGUAUUGGAGGCUGCGGGUACCCUGAUUGUAGCAGUCUCCGUGACAUUGUCACAUACAGUCCUUCCACAGCGUGCAAGUUGAGAUACAUAACGUGUUAAUUUCGCCGCUAACCAGGCACAAUGAGCGAGCACUUCUCUCUGUCAGACUGUGAUGUUAUUGGUUUUGAUCUGGACCACACUCUCUGUCGCUAUCAUUUAAAGGAAACCUCCAGGCUUAUCUAUGACAGUUUUGCCAGGUAUUUUGUGGAAUACAAGAACUAUGAUAAAGACCUGCUGACUUUGACUCCUGCCACAUGGGAUUUCUGUUUUAAAGGCUUGGUGGUGGACCUGGAAGAUGGAAACUUGAUUAAGCUGGCUGAAGAUGGAACUAUUCUAAGAGCAACCCAUGGGACCAAUGACCUCAGCACAGAAGAGAUAAUUAAACAUUAUGGCCCAAAGAGGGAGUGGAAGCAUUUUGAUAGCCUCAAUACCUCAUACACAAGAUCAACAAAAUAUUAUUUUUAUGACAACUAUUUUGACCUACCUGGAGCUCUUCUCUGUGCAAGGAUUGUGGAUAUGCUGCACAAGCGUGGGAGCGAAGUGACCUCCGAAAUUUGGAAAGACAUGCUUGCCGCCAUAGACCACAAUUACAAUACAUCAGCAUUUAAAGAGGACACGGGCACGUACUUCCCGAGCGUGAAGCAGAACCCGGGCCGGUACCUGCAGCCCUGCUCGGAUUCGGUCAAGGCCUGGCUGCGCAGCAUGAAGAACGCGGGCAAGGUUGUCCUCCUCAUCACCAGCUCCCACAGCGACUACUGCAGGCUGGUGUGCGAGCACAUCCUGGGGAAGGACUUUGAGGAGCUGUUUGACGUCAUCAUCACUAAUGCCUUGAAGCCUGGGUUCUUCUCCCUGGUGCCCCAGCAGAGGCCAUUCCGGACCCUAGUUAAUGACGUGGAGGAGAGUGAGGGGCUUCCAUCCCUGGACAAGCCUGGCUGGUACUCUCAGGGGAACUGGCCCCACCUCCACGAGCUGCUCAAGUCCAUGACUGGAAAGGCCGAGCCAAAGGUGGUGUACUUCGGAGACAGCAUGCGCUCUGACAUGUUCCCAGCCAGCAGAUACGGAAAGUGGGAGACGGUGAUGAUCGUGGAGGAGCUGGAGGGAGAGGGGGUGCCGGGGAGCAGCCAGGCCAAGACCGAGCCUCUGGAAAAGAGGGGAAAGUUUGAAGACCAGGGAAUGAAGACGCCCUCCGCCACCUCCAAGCAGUGGGGCUCCUACUUCACGGACGUGCGCAGGAGUGGGGGAGGGGAGGAGGAGGACACCCCAAAGCUCACCUGGUGCAGCCACAGCAUCCACACCUACAGCACCAUGGCCAUCCCCAGCGUGGAGAGCAUCGCAGACCUCCCGCUGGACUAUGAAUUCCCUCGAUUCUCUCCGGAUAAACCCUGCACUACCGGCUACUACCCUCGACCCCCGGACUCGCUACUGAAGAGGUGCGAGAGCCUUCCUUGAGGGCCGGGGGCGUGCCCUCGAUGACCUACAGGAGGGGGAGACCGAGGCCCCAAAUCGCCUGUCGUCCGUCACAUAAAUCCCUCCAUUUCUAGAGCACAGGAAAUCAUGCACACCUUAAUAUAUGCCAUCUGAAUGUAUUACACAGUGCGGUGUCACUCCUUUCCAUUUUGAUUAUUUUUGUUGAAUGAGUUAUACUACUAUAUGUGCGAAAAUGUGACUUCCUCGUGCGUGUUUAAAGACGUUAAAGACGGCAUUGUUGUUGCUUUCCGAGGGAAACGCGGGAAAGCCUUUGAAUUAUGUAUGUUACGAGAAUGACAUGAGUAAUAUAAGGUAAUGAAAUAUUAAGGCUCCAUGUUUUGCUUGAUAUAUUACCUCAGAACUUGAAUUUGCAUGUAUAUCCCAGCAAAGUAAAUGGAAAAAAAUUAUCUUGAACAGUUUUACUAUUCAUAUUCUCUCAUACAUGCUUACCUUUCUUUCGAAUGUGAUUUGUUUUUUCUGUUACAUUGACUUUGACUUACAAUUACAUGAAAUUGUUCAACACUGCAUAAUUGUAUAGCCCAUUUUCUCUAUGCUUUCUCAUUCCACUAAAGAUUUGCCUUGAAUAAGCAUAUUUUUCCUAGCUGGAGUGGAUUGUAUGAUGAUAGCUGUGAUCUUUGUCAUCCAUGUCCAUGUUGUUUUCCCUUUUGCAGAGAAUUCGGUCGAAGAGAAUUGUUGGUUGAAUUAUUAAAAUUCAAUCCAAUGUAUUCUGUUUUUACAAUUUGAUGUUUUUUUGCUUUUGAGUUAUGAUGUAGAGAGAAAAAAAACAAAAACAUUGAGGCCUAAACCACCAUGUCCUUUUUGUUUUUAACUCCAAGUUGUUAAGCCCAUGUUGUUGUUCAUUUUCUUGCACAAAAUUCUUCAUUAACUUCAGAAACCAAUCAAACUAAACAUGUGGCCAAAAUGUCACUGUUGCUUAACUUUUUACUCAAAGGGUGUGGUCAAGAGUGGUGAGAUGUUUAACUAUAAGGUCAAAUGGAAAUGUUCAGUGAAAACUUAUUUUAAGGGAAAGCAUUAUUAAGGGCAUUGUUUUUAACGAAACUGCACUGUUUUUAUAUGUAUCAGUUUAUGGUCAGCUCCCUGGAAAACUUAAGGAUGAUUUCUCAUUGUGUGCAAAACAGUAGUAGCUAACAGCUUCACCCCUGCUAAAUGUAUGUCAUGUUUUGGUGCAGUACAUGUGAGUUGUAGUGCUGUUGAGUGAUUGUGUACAAAUGUGGAAGACUCGUGCUCCAUAUGCAGUAUUCAAUGUGAGAACAUGCUUUAACUGACCUCUGAAUGGAUACAUUGUCAUCGUUGGUUCACGUGUAGGCUAGCUGCUAUGUAUUCUCAAUUACCCUGCGUUUAAUCUGUGUAAGUAUUCAGCGCUAUGUUAGUAAUGGCUGGUAGGAUGCAACAGCGUGUGUCAUCCAUUAAGUUUUUUUUGGUUUGUGUUUGUAUAUGGGAGUGUUUCAUACAAAGUAAUGUAAGGUUUUUCCUGUUUUUUAUUUUUAGCACCCAAUUUGCCUUAUGUUUUUUUUUUUCUUUGUUUGUUGUACAUGUCCUAGAACUUGCAGGGAAAUUGUCAAAGUUCACCAUCUGUGAAAUAAAAAGACUAUACAAAUUUGUUACACACAG